AACCAUGCCUAUCCAGAAGAUCCACGCCCGCCAGGUCUACGACUCGCGCGGUAACCCAACAGUAGAGGUUGACCUCGUCACUGAGAGCGGUCUUCACCGUGCCAUUGUCCCCUCCGGUGCUUCUACCGGCUCCCACGAGGCCUGCGAGCUCCGUGACGGCGACAAGACCAAGUGGGGUGGCAAGGGUGUCCUCAAGGCCGUCGCCAACGUCAACGAUGUCAUUGCUCCUGCCCUCAUCAAGGAGAACCUCGACGUCAAGGACCAGAGCGCCGUCGACAACUUCAUGAACAAGCUUGAUGGCACCACCAACAAGACCAAGCUCGGUGCCAACGCCAUCCUCGGUGUCUCCAUGGCCGUCGCUAAGGCUGCCGCUGCCGAGAAGCGUGUCCCUCUCUACGCCCACAUCUCUGACCUUGCCGGCACCAAGAAGCCCUACGUCCUCCCCGUUCCCUUCAUGAACGUCCUCAACGGUGGCUCCCACGCCGGUGGCCGUCUUGCCUUCCAGGAGUUCAUGAUCGUUCCUUCGGACGCCCCUACCUUCACCGAGGCCAUGCGCUGGGGUGCUGAGGUCUACCAGAAGCUGAAGACCCUCGCCAAGAAGAAGUACGGCCAGUCUGCUGGCAACGUUGGUGACGAGGGUGGUGUUGCCCCUGAUAUCCAGACCGCCGAGGAGGCUCUCCAGCUUAUCACCGAGGCCAUUGAGCAGGCCGGCUACUCUGGCAAGAUGAACAUCGCCAUGGACGUUGCCUCAUCCGAGUUCUACAAGACUGACGCCAAGAAGUACGACCUUGACUUCAAGAACCCCGAGUCCGACCCCGAGAAGUGGGUUACCUACGAGCAGCUUGCCGACCAGUACAAGGAGCUCGCCUCC